UCCAUAAAUUUUGGUCUCAACUCCGGCCCUACGCCUUUUCAUCUUAUUGUGCCUAUAACCUUUUAUAUAUUCAGCCAGUUUUGGAUGUGAUUAAUUUUGCGUAAGCUUAAUCCAACGGUCAUCAAUAGAUAUAGGAGGCAAGUCAAAAUUCACUACCUUUGAAAUGAAUAGCAUGAUUAUAACCUAGAAAUAUGUUAGUUUCUUUCUUGUGAUAGUAAUUCCAGUUUUCUCUUGCAUAGAAAUUCCCUGAUCAUGAGCCAAUGAGAAUGGAACAGUAACGUGGGGUUCGCAUUGUAUAGGAAUGCAGAAAUCAUGUAACUUUUUAUGCACUUCAUGUGUUAUUCACUAUAAAGAGUUUUGGUUUCGCCAGUAGCUAGUCUUCAAGUUUACUAUAUGAUUUGGUGUAUAUCAAACAACGAUCAUCACUUAAUUUCUAUAAAAAAAGAUUGACUGCUGAGAUUUGACAAAGUGAAGCAAUAUAAAUGGAUACUAUUUCAGAUAUAUUGCGCAGAAAAUUAAGGGGGUAUGAACAUCGCCUUCUUUAUUUUGAUGAAGAGCUGAAAUAUUUGCAAAAUGUCAUCACAUCUACAGUCGAGAAAGGAGAAAGCAGCUCUAUAUUGAUAAUUGGUCGAAGAGGUGUUGGUAAACACCACCUACUCAAAGAAGCCGUAAAAAGAGCAAGCGAAAACCUACAUGUCAACUCCGGGAUUUCUGAGGUUUACUUAAAUGGUUUAGUUCAUACUGAUGACCGUUCCGCAAUGAAGUCGUUAGCAAAACAACUACAUAAUGAAGCCUUGUUAGACAAUCUAGUCGGUCAAUCAGAUGAUAAAUUCACUCCUGAAGCCCACAGUAAUAUGAAGAGUUUACCUUUUUCUCAGCAGCUUAGCUUAUUUCUUAACGAGGUCAAUGAAAACCAUGGAUUUAAGAAGGCUGUUUUAAUUGUCCUUAGUGAAUUUGAUUUGUUCACCUUACAUCAUAAUCAGUUACUACUGUACAAUCUGUUCGAUUGUUGUCAAUCUGUUGGAUCUAGAAUUUGUGUAGUUGGACUAACAUGCCGCUUAGAUAUUAUGGAGUUGUUAGAGAAACGUGUUAAGUCAAGGUUUUCACAUCGUCAAAUUUAUCUUACAUCACCAGCAGCGCCAAUUGAUAAUAUUGAUUCGUAUACUUCGAAUGAUGAAGAUUCGAAUACGCUAUCAAAGCCAUUUAAACAGUUUUGUGAAAUUUGUAAACACUUUUUGAGUAUUGAUACUGAUGAUCUAACACAAUUAUCAUUAAAAAUUAAUUCUAAAGAGUUUCGAGAAUUAGAGUCACUGAUUAAAUCAUGGAAUAAUCAUAUAUCAAAAGUGAUGGCAGAUGAAAUUGUCAUUGAUUCAUUACGGCAAGCAUGGUCUACUUCAGUGAGCAUAAGACAUUUAAUCAAUUUAUUGAUUCCAAUAGUUGCUUCACUUAGUCCUGAACAUGAUCGUAUUGAACCCAUCCAGUUUUUUGAGUCUUUAUCGAUGCUCCAGCAAGAUUCAAAAGUCACUGCACUUAAAGGUUCUUCUGUUUUGGAACUAUUCCUAAUCACAGCUAUGGUCAAGCUGCAGGAUAUUAAUGAUGGAAAACCGGUGAAUUUCGAAAGCUUGUAUUCUGAAUAUUUAAAGUUUUGUCGUUCUAAUUGUCCCGGUCAUUUAUAUGAUAAAACAGUUGUCAUGAAAGCUCUCGACAUUUUGAUCGAUUCUGAACUCAUUAUAUCGGGCAAAGCUGCUUUAAUGGCAUCCUUUGGAUUAUCGUCUACUGGCUGUAAAACUGGUUACACUUCUUCAACCUCUGUCUUACCAAAUUAUCGUCCUCUGUUUUGUUAUGUUGACAGUGAUAUUCUAGCAUCAUGUCUAAAUACCUAUCCAAAUUGUCCUGUUGAGUUAAAAUAUUGGAUACAUUCAAGAACAUUUUAACUGACACCUGUUCUGUUUUGAUUCAUUUCGUUAUUUAUAAGAAAUCAGAAUACCACAAUGUUUUAUAAAUUUAUUUAUUAUUGUUCCCGUCAUUUUUCGGGGGUUGGAAG